CGUAGUUUUUUUAAUCCAUGUUUCGACUCAAUACAACGCUGCACCAUCUGCUCACAUUGGGGGUCAAUCUGGAAUGAUGUGCUCGUAAUUCAAGUAGUAUGUCCAGUUUUACGAAAUCUGCCCAGCAAUGGGCUACCUUUGCCAGGUCGUGGUACCUGAUAGACGCUCGGAUGCAGCCUCCAGGGAAGAUUGCCACUAUGUGUGCAAUCAGGCUACAGGAACACAAACCUAUCUACCAUGCACUGAGUGAUGUUGGAGACCAUGUAGUAGUCAUGAACAGCAGACACAUAGCCUUCUCUGGGAACAAAUGGGAACAGAAGAUGUACUCCUCUCACACCCAGUACCCGGGUGGAUUUAAACAAGUCACAGCCACCCAGCUACAUUCGAAAGACCCCAAAGCGAUAGUGAAGCUGGCAGUGUACGGGAUGCUGCCUAGGAACCUCUCCAGAAGGACCAUGAUGCAACGGCUACACCUCUUCCCUGAAGAUGAUCUUCCUGAGGACAUCCUUCUGAACCUGACGGAGGAGCUGCCUCAGCCCAGAGAGAUCCCUCGCAGGCUGAAUGAGUACAGCCAGGAGGAGCGAGAAGCCUUCCCCACUCUGUGGACCCCGUGA